AAGAUUUGGGAAAUUACACAAAACGCACUGGUAAGAUGCUAGGCGGACGGACGGGCUGUGGCGCUUUUUGAUAGGAUCGGUGGGAGCGAGUCAAAUGACGUUCGCGGGACGGCGGGAGAUGUGCAAAGCUGACAUGGGGUCUGUGUUCAAGAAUAGGAACACGGCAUGCCGAACCUUUGCGCAAAUCAUGUCUCUUGUUACUAAGAUGAAUUAUUUGGAAUUCUUAACAGGUUUGCCAUGAUUGACGGUACUCUUUGGCGACAUGCAGAGUGCGAAGGACGACGCGUAUGUUGGCAUCCACUUUGCCUCAUCACGUGUAACCACACUACCACAACGCAUUGACAUUUGGCCGCACAUGCAUGAACUCGAACCACAUAUCUCGAUUAUCGUCGUCGUCAAACAAAAGUUGGCAGCUUCACGAUACAAUCUGCCAUGUCAGCUGACAAUAUUACCCGUAGUACCGUUACCAAACCGUUGCGAAAAGCACCUAGUGCGGUGGGAAACGUUUCAACUACCAAACACGCACCCCACCUGGUCAGGUCGCCGCAACGAACAAGCGAACGAUCUCAACGGCCGACUAGUUGGAAAGGAAAAUCUAGAUGCAAGAUUCGCUUCGCACAGCGAAACGGAAUGUUCCGUUGCUGUUUCACCGGACGGCAGCUGGUGUAUGUGCCUUAAGGUUGCGGUACGGUUUGCUGUCAUAGGCGGCCUGGGUCACAAGGCUGCCGCUGUCAAGAUCGGUUGAUGAACGGUUAAGUUACCUAAGUAUGUGAAAUUCAUGAUGGUGGCCGUAUCGUGCUUGGAAGUGGUUUAUGCUGUUUUUAUGCAAGUGGUCCAGAUGGUUGAAAAGUAUCUUUUGAUAGCCCUAGUACAGAUGCAGUCUUUGAAGUCAAACUC